CUGAGUAGAUCACGUAAGCAAGGCACCACGCUCAUCCCGAUAAUGUGGGUCAAGUAUGUAGGUUGAUAAAACAGGCGAAUAUGUGCGGUCAGUCACUGCCACAACCGUCAGACUGUGUGUUUGUUCUAAACGAACCACUACCAAGUUGCCACCCCGCGCGUCACACCCUCAGUGCAGGUAGAACAGCCCUUACCAGUCACUGGCCCUGACCUUGAGGCUUCUAGCAGAGGCCCCAGCAGUGGUCUGCACUAGCGCCAGUGUGCGGUGAGCAGUGACAUAGCACAGUGCACCACUACGUGUUUUCCUGAGUGCAGCAAGGAUGGACCGGUGGGUAGGUCGUGUGGCCCUGGUGACGGGCGCCAGUGCCGGCAUCGGCGCCAGUGUGGCACGCAGGCUAGUGGCCGAGGGCAUGCGGGUGGUGGGCGCCGCCCGGAGCGUGGACAGAGUGCAGGCCUUGGCGGACGAGCUGAAGGGUCAGCCUGGGUCACUGCUCCCCAUCAAGUGUGACCUCACCAAGGACGACCAGGUGCUGGCCAUGUUCGCGCGCAUCAAGCGGGAGCUCGGCGGCGUCGACGUGUGCAUCAACAACGCGGGAAUGUCCAUUCACAAUUCUCUGCUGGAGGGCACCCCCGAGCAGUGGCGGAAGAUGCUGGACCUCAAUGUGGUGGCGCUAUGUCUAUGCACGCGCGAGGCCUUGACGUCGAUGAAGGAACGCGGCGUUGACGACGGCCACAUCAUUCACAUCAACAGCAUCGGUGGGCAUCGCAUCAGCCCCAUGCCUGGUAUUCGCUUCUACUGCGGCACGAAGCACAUGGUGACCGCCCUCACCGAGGCACUGCGGCAGGAGCUGAGGCAGACCGACACCAACAUUAGGAUAUCAGCCAUCAGUCCGGGCGUGGUGGAGACAGAGUUUGCUGUGAACUCUGGUUUGAGUCAUGCUGCAGCACAACAACUGUACCAGCAGCUGCCGUGCGUGCAGGCGGAUGACAUCACCGAGUCAGUAAUACAUGUACUGUCAGCGCCACCACACGUGCAGAUACACGACAUCCUGAUGAGGCCCACCAAGGGACAAACAUGAGCAGCGGUAGACUGGCAAACUCCACAAGGCCUGACUGAAUGGGCGGCUGACUGAAUGUGCGGCUAACUAAGGCCUGUAUUCAGAGACGCUUUUCUCUCUCACCAUGACUAAUUUCAAAGGUCACAAAAAUAAUUAGCCGAGUUCUGUUUUUUUUUUUCCUUGCUACUAAUAUGGAAAUCUUGUUGAGCUGUUUCUAAAACCAUAAAAAUACACUUAAAAAUCAGUGUAGCUUCAACUAUGUAGAGCCUUUGGAAAGGAGAAGAGUGUGGCACAAAAGGGUUUCAGAAUAUGGGCUAGCUGGCACACACACACACACACACACACACAUUUUAUCCUUUCAUUCAGCAUCAUGGUCUUAAUAAAAAUGUUCAAAUAAAUGCUUGAAGUAAAUAAAAGUUUCAAGGCAAUAA